AAAUGCAACCUUUCACAAAUAUUCUAACUUCAGUGAAUUUCAUAGUGCAUGCAAAUUUCGCGGUUCACAGAGUGUAUCGUUUUAGAUUAGAAAAACAUGUCCCACGAUGAAACAAUACACGAGAUUGAAAAGCAGCUUAAUGCAUGGAAUCCAAUGCGAGAUGAUUACACCAAUUCUCAUUUCAAUAAGUACAGUAGUGGACCUGGAGCAUAUUUAGAUGCUGCUUUGCAGUCUGCGCAACAAGUCAAAGACGCGAGGAGACAACAAUCGAAUUUCAAAAAGGAGGAUCAGAAUCCCGGCAACAAAUUUGUGCCAUACUUGGUGCUGAAAAAUUUGCCAAAUGGGAUUACAAAGAACGUCAUUAAAAAUAUUUGUUCUCGGUUUGGACGUGUAACUGAUGUGCGUGAUAGCAAAAAAAAUGAUUAUAUCUUCAUCGAUUUCCCCAAUGUGGCCGAAAUGGAGGGAGUGUAUCGGGGAUUGGUCAAUAACAGCUACGGUUUUACUGUAUUGGUUGGUAAGCAAAAGAGCAAACAACAAACUGAGCCCACUUUCUCCGAUACUGACGAAAAUCUGACACCAAUAAAAGUUGAUAAGGAUGCAAUCGAUUUAGAAAACAGAAACUAUCGAGCAUCCGAGAAAAAUUUGCCGAGGCCGCACUUCAAGCGCAAACCAAAUGUUAGUCAAAAAAGUUAUGAAGAAGAAAAUUCACUUUUGCAACGUAAUGACCCAAAGCGAAAUUUCCUAAUUGCCGACGAUGCCCAUAAUCUUGAACGCUUGGGACUACAAGACGGUACCCCAAAAAAUAUGGAGGAUUCAAAAUACAAAUUUCGUACAGGCAGAGCAUUCAUCGAGAUGCCACAGAAAACUAAAAAUUUCAUUGAAGAAAAAUCUCAUAAAUCCUUGGGUAGCUAUGACCCCACGAGUCGUACAUAUGAAAAUAACCAUGAAGCCAGGCAAAUUGGUAGACCUUUAGAUAUAGGACAGUGUGCUAAUUGUCAACGUACUUGUGAUAUUGUGUGCGCACGCUGUCAAACGUACUUUUGUGGUUUGGAGUGUCAACGACAAGCUUGGCCGAACCAUCGUCAAAUUUGUAGUAAAGAGAGGUUUAAUAAUUUAAAACAAAGCUUACAGGAAGCGAAUCGUUUAUCCAAUUCUAAUAUUACCAAAGCAACCAGUCAAGCCGAAUGUUCGCAAAUCACUUCUUCGUCUUCAAGCAUCAAUACGUCGCCUAAAAAUUUGGAAAAAUUAAUGGAGUCUAAGUCGAAGGAAACUCCACGCAGCGGUGGUUUGGUUGCUCUCACAUCCAUAACCAAAACUAAUGUCGUAUUUAUAAGAUCAAAGACUCAUGAAGAUAAUUGCAAUUUCUUCAAACUGGUAAAUGAUGUGCAAAUCGCUGGUGACAGUAUAAAGAAAUUAUCUAGUUUACCAAGGUGUGGACAAAUCGUUAUAGCCGAUUUUGAGGGUCAAUUCAAUCGUGCGAUGGUACUAAAUAGUGACAAUGAGCAACGCAUCAAAUUGGUUUACAUCGAUUAUGGAAACUUGGACGCACGAAAAUACGAAGAUUUGUAUGAGGCCCCAGAACAGUUCGUUAGUAAACAACGUCUUGCUGUGCCGGUAAUCUUGAAAGAUGUACCAGAGAUGUAUAUGACCGAGGAAAUUAGAAAAUUUAUGUAUUCUUAUUUGGAUGGUAUCGAUCUGGUGAUAAAGUAUGACAGCGAAAACGACUAUUUGGCAGUAGAAGGAGUGCAUAAAGUUGAGUUAAUUGACGCUACUACGAAUCAAAAUUUCAAUAAAAUGGUUUCUAAACUAUGCAAACCCAAAGAGCCGGUUGGACAAGAUGAAGCCUAUUUUGCCAAUUAUUUGCCACAGAAACAGUUACCAGAAGGCGAAAAUAUUGAAUUGGUAGUUAUGGAUAAUUCCUUGCUUUGUACGGGCUGUUUAUCGUGUACUACAAAAGAAUGGGCUAUUGAGAUAGAGAAAUUUCAAAAAGAUCUUCAGUACUAUGCUGAGUCGUUAGAAGAGCAGAGUUAUACACCACGUAUCAGCGAACUUUGCAUUGCCAAAUAUAAAGUUGAUGGAAAAUGGUAUCGCGGACGUUGUCUGGAAAUUGUUGGUGAUGGCUACCCCAGCAUAAUAUUCAUCGACUAUGGCAAUAUCGGAAUGGUCUCUGUGAAUGAUAUAAGGCGCUAUCCAGCGCAAUUCACUUUUCCGAUAUAUACAUGUGAUUGCGAAAUUAAAGGUUUGCCGGAACAAUGUGAUGAAGACCUGGUUCAGAAGUUGGAAGAACUUAUACCCAAUGGCAGCACAAUUAAUUGUAAUAUGGUUACGAUUUAUAAAGAAGAUAACUUCCAUGCUAUAACAUUAACGAAGCUUAUUCAAAAUCUUGAGACUGAAGGCUUACUAAAACAAGUUUAAAAGCGAAAUGCAUGAAUUUUAAAUUAAGUCUUUGUCUUUCAAAAUCUUUGACGUUUGUCGAAUAGACGGAUGUACAUUUUUCCACGCAUUAAAAUUAUUGAAACUUA